UCUGGGCGGAAGUGGGGCAUAUUGACAUCUGAUUUUUGGAUUUGCCAGGAAGGGCGAGGAAUAGAUAGCCUCAUUUCUUUCAAAAACAAUUUUUAAGAACAAUUCCGAGGAUGAUCCCAAAUGAAGAGAGCGGGAGCAGAAAAAGGGCCAUAGAGGAAAAGCUCAAACAGGAAGAAGAAACUCUGACCUUCAUCAAAGAGAGCCUGGAUAAGAGUGAUCAACUGACAAACAAUAUGGUUUCCAUACUGUCUUCUUUUGAGAGUAGACUAAUGAAGCUGGAGAACUCCAUCAUCCCGGUGCACAAGCAGACAGAGACGUUGCAGCGUCUGCAGGAGAACGUGGAACGUACCCUUUCUUGUCUGGACCAUGUCAUCAGCUAUUACCACGUGGCCACAGAGACCGAGAGAGUCAUCAGAGAAGGGCCCUCUGGACGGCUGGAAGAAUACCUGAAUUGCAUCGCUAAAAUCCAGAAGGCUGUGGAGUAUUUCCAAGAUAACAAUCCUGAUAGCCCUGAACUGAACAGAGUGAAAUCGUUGUUUGAGAGGGGAAAGGAGUUGUUGGAUGCGGAGUUCCGCAGCCUCCUGCAGAGACACAGUAAAGCCGUGCCGCCGAUCCUUAUCUUGGAUUUGAUUAGUGCCGAAGAGGAGAUGGAGGGUCAGGAGGAACCGGUUCUGGAGCAUUUGCCGGAGGGCAGUCUGCAGGAUGUCAUUCGUAUCUCCCAGUGGCUAGUGGAAUACGGGAGGAACCAAGAUUUCAUGAAUGUGUACUACCAGAUCCGCUCCAGCCAGCUGGAUCGCUCAAUCAAAGGUCUGAAGGAACACUUCCGAAAAAACAGUUCCACAAGUGUCCCUUACUCCCCUGCUGUGCAGAACAAGCGGAAAGACACGCCGACCAAGAAACCAGCCAAGAGACCAGGCACUAUCCGCAAGGCUCAAAACCUCCUCAAACAAUACUCUCAGCACGGGCUUGAUGGGAAAAAGGGAGGCUCCGGUCUCGGAGUCCUGGAAGGUUAUGAACAAGAAUCACGUGGCCGAUACCACGGAGAGACCGUGGGAGAAAAACAUGGGUCAUCCAUCGGAAAAGAAGACGUAUUGGACCUCGAAACGGACACCUACAUUUACUGUAUCAGCGCCUUUGUGCGCCUUGCACAAAGCGAGUAUCAGCUGCUUAUGGAUAUUAUUCCCGAGCAUCAUCAGAAGAAGACCUUUGAUUCUCUCAUCCAGGAGACCUUGGAUAAUCUCAUUCUGGAGGGAGAGAACAUUGUGAUGGCAGCCAAGAAAGCCAACGCUAGGCACGAUUUUACUUCUGUCCUUAGCAUCUUCCCGAUAUUAAGACAUCUCAAGCUCACCAAGCCUGAGUUUGACAAGGUGCUACAGGGUACAGCUGCAAGCACCAAAAACAAGCUGCCAAACCUCAUCACUUCUAUAGAGACAACGGGAGCCAAAGCACUGGAAGAUUUUGCCGACAGUAUUAAGAAUGACCCUGAUAAGGAAAACAACAUGUCCAAAGAUGGAACGGUACACGAGCUCACCAGCAAUGCCAUAUUGUUCCUGCAGCAGCUGCUUGAAUUUCAAGAGACGGCGGGCGCCAUGCUUGCUUCACAAGUUCUUGGGGACACUUACAAUAUUCCUAUCGAUCUUAGAGAGACUAGCUCUGCCGCAAGCAGUUACAGCUCAGAGUUCAGUCGCCGUUUGCUGAGCUCUUAUAUCUGCAAAGUUCUCGGGAACCUGCAACUAAAGCUACUGUCCAAGUCCAAGAUGUAUGAAGACCUGGCCCUUGGAGCCAUUUUCCUUCACAAUAACUACAAUUAUAUUUUGAAGUCUCUUGAGAAGUCUGAGCUUAUGCAGUUGGUUGCUGUGACUCAGAAAAAUCCAGACAGCCUGUAUCGUGACCACAUCGAGCAGCAAAUUCAGAUCUACCAACGCAGCUGGAUCAAGGUAACAGAUUAUGUAUCUGACAAGAACAUGCCUGUUUUCCAAGGAGCAAAGCUGAAGGACAAGGAACGGCAGAUGAUAAAAGAGCGUUUUAAGGGAUUUAAUGAUGGUCUGGAGGAAAUCUGUAAGGUCCAAAAGUCCUGGGCGAUACCGGACAAACGACAGCGAGAGAGAAUACGUCACGCUCAGAAGAAUAUUGUACAAGAUGCUUACGGAGCAUUCUUACACAAGUAUGGCACUGGUGUUAAUUUCACAAAAAAUCCAGAUAAGUACAUAAAAUAUUCAGUGGAACAGGUCGGUGACAUGAUCGAGAGGCUGUUUGAUACAUCUGCUUGAAGACCUGCUUUCCUUGUGACACCUGUAUAUAUUUUAUAUAAAUGAUCAUGUAUAUACAUUAAGCGCAUGACCCAUUAAACGUUAGUCUCCUUUA